AAGAAAAACAAAGCUGCUUUUUGUUCCCGUUUAGAGAAGACGAAGCUCUGGCAGGACUCGGAAUGUGUCAGGCAUGUGUCAGAAGUAAAACACCACAAAGUAGCCGGUAAUCUAGCGAGGUAGCUUAGCUAGCUAGAAGUUAGUUUUCGACAUGGCUCUGUACAUGAAAGCCGCUGAGAUCCUGGAGAAGGCCGAGAUGAAGCAGGGCGCUUUGAAAACUCUGGUUUACGACAGCAAAUUUGCCAACAUCAAGCAGCUGUUCGCUCUGGUUUGUGAGACCCAGAAGUUUUCGUCCAUCCUGGAGGAGAUCAUCGAGUCCACCAAGCUGCUCAAACAGACUAAGCUGAGGAUACACCUGGCCAAAGUGCUGGUGUACGACCUGCUGAUGGGCCAGGGGCUGAAGUGCGGCGGCUCCUGGAAAGCCAUGAUGAUGAAGCAUCGCUCCAGGCUGCAGGCGGCGCUAGCCCGCAUGAAGGUGAAGCAGAAGGUCAGCAAGAAUGAGGACCUGCUCCCGGUCAGCGUGCAGCAGCUCGGUGGGGUCCGGCUGCCCCGGUAUGUGCGUGUGAACACCGUGAAGACCACCGUGGAGGACACUGUAGACUACCUGAAGAGGGACGGCUUCACCUACGUGGGACAGGCUGCCAGGCUGGAUGACUUAACCCUGAAGGAGAAAGACUUUGUGAUGGACAUGCAUCUUCCAGAGCUGCUGGUCUUCUCUCCUAAAACGGACUUCCAUGACCACUUCCUGUACAAGGCUGGCCACAUCAUUUUGCAGGACAAAGCCAGCUGCCUGCCCGCCUUCCUCCUCAAACCUCCACCUGGCAGCCAUGUCAUCGAUGCCUGCGCCGCCCCCGGGAACAAAUCCAGCCACCUGGCAGCCAUCAUGAAGAACAAGGGCAAGCUGUUUGCCUUUGAUUUGGAUGCCAAGCGUCUGGCCACCAUGUCCACUCUCCUGCUCCGAGCUGGGAUCACCUGUCAGCAGCUGGCCAACCAGGACUUCCUGAAGGUGGACCCUGACAGCCCGCAGUAUAAAGAUGUCGAGUAUAUCCUGCUGGAUCCAUCCUGCAGCGGAUCAGGUAUGUUGUGUCUCCGGGACGAUGCGUCUUCUGAUGACCAGGAGAAGGUUCAGGCUCGUCUGGCCUCCUUGGCCUCCUUCCAGCUGCGCUGCCUGAACCACGGCCUCAAGUUCCCUCGCCUGAAGCGCCUGGUCUACUCCACCUGCUCCAUCCACAGUCAGGAGAACGAGGACGUGGUAACAGCCUGUCUGCAGCAGAACCCCGACUUCAGCUUGGUUUCUCUGCUGCCUCAGUGGCCUGAACGGGGCUUGGAGCCGCUCACUCAGUGUCUGCGUGCCAGCACCGCCAAGACCCGCACACACGGCUUCUUUGUGGCUCUGCUGGAGAAGCACAAGGGAGCUGGGAUUAAAAAACAGGAGCCAGUGGUUCAAAUAAGGGAGCCGGAGGUGACGCCUCUCAGCCCGUCCACCUGCGAGAAGAGACCUGCAGCUUCAGAAGAAGAGUCUGAAGCUUCAGAGACGGAGGACACACCAACACCUGCAGCGGGACAGACUGAAGGGACACCCGGCAAGAGGAAGAGGAAGAGGAAAAGGAAGAAGAAAAAGAAGGCAGCAACAGUGGAGUGAUGAGAAAUUAAAAAUGGGACUGCUACAGCAUGUUGUGUGGAGGGAGGAGUGCUCUAUGUAGAGGGAAUGUCACAGAAAAGUAAAGAAUAUUUUUUACUGUAUCACAUCUCGUGUUUUAUUAUUGCUGUAAAGCUCUGCAAAUAGUUUUUUCAGAAACAUUUCGUCACCCUUUUAAAACAAUCGCCUAAGUCAUUUUUCAAGUUUUGCAGGAAACACAAAAAACUUCACCAAAAGUGUAACAUAUGACAUUUAUUGAUCAAUUCACUCAAAAAGAAUGUAAUAAAGGAUGGC